CCGCGCCGCACCAGAGCCUCGUCGCCUCGUCGCCUCGCCCGCCCCGCGACUGCGCUGCCUCCUGCCCCUCUCGCCGCCGGCUGCAGCAGUCUGUCUGUCUGUCGUCCGUCUCUCGUUGCGGCGCACUCGGGCGCGCCCAGCACACGUGCCCUGCCCUGCCUCGCCCUGCCCUGCCCUGCCCUGCCAGGCCACUAUCGCGCCGCUAGCCGGGCAAGUGGGCCGGGAGAUGAUGAACUCAGAAUGGCUGCUGUACCGCUACCACGUCCCAUACCCCUCGCGCCCCAAGCCGCCCGCCGCAGAGGGCACCGCGCCCGACGCGCUCGCUAGAACAACGUCAAGCUCGUCGACCGCGACCACUGCCACCAGCGCCUCCUCCGCGGCCACCGCGUCCGCCAUGGACACGCGCGGCUCCGUGUCGAGCUCGUCGACGCAGGCCACGCGCGACGAGUCGGCCGAGCCCUUUGUGCUGCGCCACGGCCGCCGCUACCUGCGCGGCGUCGCCUACCCGCUGCCCUGCGACCUGCCCGAGCUGCAGCGCCAGAACCUGCUGACGCUGCUCGCCACGUCCGUCCUGGGCCGCGCCCUCGGCUCGACGCCCUCGCCGCAGGCCCCGCCGCGCAAGGUGCUCGAGCUGGCGUGCGGCAGCGGCUACUGGACCGCCGUGUGCCACGAGUACCUCAGCGGCCUGGGCUACGACAACGUCGCCUACACGGGGCUGGACCUCGUGCCGCUCGCCGGCGACCUGCAGCGCCAGGGCAUCGACUGGACCUUUGUGCAGCACGACCUGCGCAAGGGGCGGCUGCCCUUCGACGACGGCGAGUUCGACCUGGUCGUGCUGAAGGACCUGUCCCUCGUCGUGACCCUCGGCGCCCAGUCCCAGGCCUUGAUUGACGAUAGCAUCCGCGUCCUCAAGUCCGGCGGCACCUUCGAGGUCUGGGAGACCGACUACUUGAUCCGCUCCAUUCUGCCGCACCCGCCCCCCGUCCCUGGCAAAUCCGCCCAGGAACGCGCCAGCGCCGAGUCGUCAGGGACCUUCCUGAUCUCGCCCAUCACACCUUUCACCGAAGUGCAGAACAAGUACCUACGCGACUCCAACGCCUGGAUUCAGGAAGCCCUCGACCGCAGGAAGCUGAGCCCCACGCCCUGCGCGCGAAUCUCCGAGAUGCUGCUGCAGGAAACCGAGACGCUGCACUCGGUCGGCGACCGCCGCAUCGCCAUCCCCCUCGGCGAACUGCGCUGGGAGCGCGAGAUGGCUACGGCCGCCGCAGACCCCCCGAAACCCCGCCGCCGCGAGUCCGAGUCCCAGCGCCCCAACCCGAAGAAAACCAGCGUCGCGCUCGACCCCGGGACGCUGACCGACGAGCAGGCGGCCCUGCGCUACACGGCGCUGCUCGUCGUCGUGCAGCUGAUCGAGAGCCUGGAGCCGCUGCUCAAGGAAGUCAGCGGCAAGAACCAGGAGGAGUGGCAGCGCUGGUGGGCCGGCCUGAUGGGCAACCUGCUCGAGCAAAAGGGCGCCAGCAGCGGCGAGUGCCUCGAGUUCGGCGUGUGGUGGUGCAAGAAGGUGUGAGCGCACGCGCACACGCACAACGUCGCGGUGCGACCUCACGAGCGCACGUCCUCACAUACAUAGCCCCGUCCCGCCGUCCUUCUCGCGUUUCCUUCCGUGAUAUCCCAGCCCAACGGCCCUCCCCUUCCCGCGUCUACUACCUUCCCCCGCCCCG